GUUUCAAAUGAAGCCUACCCAUUCGUUCAGUGGGCAAAAAAAGAAAGAGGAGCUGUGUUAUUUGAUCUCGAACAUCGGUUUUACGGCCAAAGUCGUCCAACUGCCGAUCAGUCGGUGGACAAUCUGCGGUUUCUAAGCAGUCGUCAAGCAAUCGAAGACAUAGCCUAUUUUAUUCAAACAAUGAAUCAGAGUAACAACCUUGGCAACGCAUCUUGGAUAACAUUCGGAGGAUCAUAUUCAGGUGCUCUAUCCCUCUGGGCUCGCCAGCAACAUCCAGAACUGAUCGUCGGAGCCGUUGGUAGCUCAGCUCCAGUUGAAGCGGAAGUAGAUUUUUGGAGUGAGUAG